GUUCCAAUUUUUUGUUCUCAUUUUCAUAGGUGUCCGCAGUAAAAAUGGGUGGUAAGUGGGGUUAUUUUCAACAUGCCCGUGGGAUUGUAUAUUACGCUAUUUCUCCCUUUGAGCAGCGAGUUUUUGCAGGAUUUUGGAAGAAGUUUACGCUUUUUUUACAGCAAGCAGAUAUAUGGUCAACAAGGAUUCGAGAAAACUUUUUUUACGUAGUUCCGCCGUACGCACUAAUGUUCGCAGUUAUGAUAUGGGCCGAGGCUGAAUAUAAACGCAUCCACAGAAAAGAUCCCAAGCAAUAUGAACACGAUACUUAAUAUUUUUUGUGGAAAAUCGUUAAAGAAAAA